CAGUGGGGCGACAACAUGUACUUCUGAAUCACGCAUGUAUCUCUCAGUCCCUUUCGCUAUGUUACACUUUUGUUCAUUUUCUAAACUCGAUGUCUAUUUCGGAGAAUUGAGUGACAUCACCGCAUUACGCCAUGCCCCGCACGUACCCAGCAAUCCCUGGAGAGGAAUACCGCAAUCAUCCGUUCAGCGACCUUCCCCGCCAGAUUAUCGGACAUGCACCCACCAGAUCAUCUGAGGAUUCGGGCUCCAGCGCUGCAGAUAGGCUGCAAUGGCGAAAUCAUCCAGCUCUUAUCUCCCCGGGUUUGGAAUCGCUGGAUAGAAAUCCCUUCGACGCACUUUCCUCGGGCCGGAGUGGGUAUGGCAAUGGCAAUGGCAAUGGCAUAGUAGCAGAUAAUGCCUCAGAAGAAAAAUAUGGGGGGCUAGAGGAUGAAAGUCCACGAGGUGGUACGAGUUCCGCGGAUCAGGAGGAGAGAGCUAGGAAGAUGACGAAGUUAAGUUGGAGGGAGCGGAUACGGCAUUUUACUUGGACGUGGUUCUGCAUGACUAUGGCCACUGGUGGAAUUGCCAAUGUGCUUUAUACAGUGCCGUUCCGAUUCAGCGGCCUUUACGCCCUCGGGUGCAUCUUUUUCAUUCUCAACAUGGCUCUUUUUAUUUUCAACGUCGUUAUGAUAUCCUGGCGAUUCUACAUUUACCCGAGGACAUUCAAAGCUUCGUUUCUACAUCCUACGGAGAGCCUGUUCAUACCGGCUGCUAUCGUGAGUUUUGGUAUCAUCUUGAUUAAUAUCAGUCAGUAUGGGGUCGGCAUGGCUGGCGUAGGGCAAUGGUUAGAGCGCUGUAUGAUAGUGCUCUUUUGGCUGGACUGUGGGCUUGCGGUCACGUUCUCUAUUGGCAUAUAUCUCGUCAUGUGGUCGACAACAACCUUCACAAUCUCCCAGAUGACCCCUAUCUGGAUUUUUCCAGCUUAUCCUCUAUUAAUCAUUGGACCUCAUGCUGGAAACCUGGCACCAAAGGUCUCUGACCCCGAAACUGCGCUCACUAUCAUCAUGACUGGCUAUGUCAUCCAAGGCAUCGGCUUCCUUGUCUCGCUCAUGAUCUACGCCGCCUUCAUAUACCGCCUCAUGACGCAGAAGCUUCCCAAGGAAUCAGUUCGACCAGGCAUGUUUGUCUCUGUCGGUCCGUCAGGUUUUACCAUCUCCGGCAUCGUCACCAUGGGCCAGCAACUACCUAAAGUGGUACCAAGCAACUUCAUGGGCGAUGGAAUGGGCGAGCUCGCCGGUAAAGUCGGCAUGAUUUGUGCAAAUUUCGUUGGCCUUUGGCUGUGGGGCCUCGCACUCUGGUUCUUCUUCGUCAGCGUUGGUGCCCACUGGUCGUGUGCCGGACGAGGGAAAAUGGAUUUCGCAAUGACAUGGUACUCGUUUAUUUUCCCAAAUACCGCUUUGACGACUGCUACAUUUGCUAUCGCUCGUGCUCUGAAUGGGAAUAGGCCGAUUCAGUACAUUGGCUGCGCGAUGACAAUUGCGCUUGUCAUGAUGUGGCUAUAUGUCGUUGCCAUGAAUAUCAGGGCAGUUGUUAUUCGGCAGAUACUCUGGCCUGAGAAGCAAGAGGAUAGGACGGAAGGUGGGUGGAAACAGCAGAGUGCUGACGAGCAGAAGCGGAGACAAAGGGAAAGAGAGAUGGGUGAUGGUGGAGAGACUGCGAGGGCGAGGACUUGGAGUAUUGCCAGGACUUUUAGUCGGAGAGAACGAGUUGGUGGGGAAGGAUCAGAGCGAAGGACUAGCAUGAACAUGGUGAGAAGAUCGGAGCCUGAGAGAAAAAUCUCUACUUAACGGCUGUUCGGGGUCUGAUACUAUACGCCAAAGUCGCCACCAACUAUAGACCUAUGAUUGUUGAAUGUUAUGAAGCAUAGCAAUACAUUGAUAAUCACAUCUUGUGUCUGUUCGCCAG